AGGCAGGUAGUACUGGCCAUUCUCCCUUGCGGGUACGGAGGCGGAAGAAGAAGAAACCAGGCACGUAUCACACGUUCACCUUCUGAACCCUGCAGCGCAACUUUAGUACAGUCAUGACUCGGCUGAUUUUCACAUGCACGGCAAAUGGAGCUCUUGUUCCUGUUCUACAUGUUUAGCACAUCCCUUCCACAACCGGGCAUCCUUUCGGCGUUACGAGCCAAGGCUUGCCUCCAUCAUCUGCGAUAUGGUCCGGUCGUAUGCAGCCGACUCAGGGAGCUUCCAGAACCAAGGAACGCUGUAUACCGCUUGGCAGGCAUCUUCUCUCUCACAUCUGAAGCUCUGCUGAUAUUCCUUUCUGCGCUCAUUGCCAUCUUAGCUGGGCCGUGGUGCGAUACGUAUGGACACAAGGGACCACUCGUCAUCACGGUAGUGGGUGCAUUUAUGACCACGCUAUGCAGUCUCCUAGUUGCCUUCAUGAGUUCGGACUCGUCCAUGUGGUUCAACGUCCUGUCCGUCCUUCCACAAGGUUUCAGUGGCGGCGCUGUGCUGAUGCGUGCAUGUUGCUAUCACUCGAUCACGAAAGCGGUGGACCUCCAGUUGCUUCGCACAAUGCGAUUCUUUGCCCUGGACAUGUUUGGUAUGCUGGGCAAGUUCGGCGGCAUCGUCCUAGGCUGGCUUCUAAGCCACUCAAUAGGUUCCGUAGUGACGCUCGCAACCGCUGGACUGUGUCAAGCCGCGCUCUUGAUUUUCGUUGGCCAUAAGACGUACGUGACGGACUCAACAGCGUUUGACAGGGGAAUCCUUAGGAGGCUUCCGCACUUGUUCUCCAAGGCGAACGUUAUUGCUGCCUGUGACAUCUUCAGCGGAAGCAGAGAAAAUGUCGCAGCAACACUCAAGAGGUUGUUCUGGUUGCUUGCCCUGAUUACCAUCAUGAAUACGGGUCCGGAGGAUAUAUUGCAGCGGUAUACGAAAAUCCGGUUCGGCUGGUCGUUUUCUACGUAUAUUUGGAUAUCGGGAUUCUCCAACAUGGUCACAGCUGUAGGAGGCAUCCUGGUGGUAAUCUGCUUUAAGUUGGUCUGCUGUUCCGCGAUCCAACUCAUAUGGAUCGGAGUAACUUCAGCUGCGCUCCGGAAUAUCAUCAUCGGUGUGUCUACUUUUCCAGCACUGUUUUUCAUUAAUUACCUGCCUGCCAUACCACAGGGUGUUGGACCUGCUGGAGUAAAAGCAUCUUUCGCUAAAUUGGCACCUGCGGACGAAACUGGAAAAUUUUUGGUGCUUGUGACGUCAUGUGAAUCUAUGAUGGAAGCGGUAACUCGAGUCGUCGGCUCCAGCAUGUACGAAACAAGUGCGGCAAUUUACCCAGGACUUAUGUUCAUCGUCUUCGCAUUCUUUGCAUUUCCGGCAUUUGCCAUCAUAAGACUUGUCACGCCAGAAGCGGAGAGUGAAGAGGAUGAAACACACGACGGCUCCAGCUCGAGUUCGCGCGGUAGUUCGGUAUCUGUUCAACGAGAUAUCGACGCGGACGAGGGCGUCGUCGGACAACCACCUGCCGAGCAAGGCCAUACCGUACAGAAGCUAGAAGAAAGAAAUUCUGCUAGUAACGUCGUAAAAUCAGCAUUGGCCUUGCUUGCACCCCUCGGCCAAACGUCCACAUCCUUUUCGCCCGACAAGCCAGCGUCUGCCAAUAAGUCUUCAGUACUCGGGAUUACACCAAGCCUCCCAUCAGCUGAGCACAGCGAAGAACACCCUGCUGGCGGUGCAGUACCCGUAUGAUGCACGAGAAAGAUAACGCGAAUUAUAAUGUCAGUUCUGCCUCAUAUAAUAUAUGCUAUAUGGAUAUAUG